AUGAAUUAACAUUAAAUUAGUGAUGAAGGAGUAGCAGAAUAAUUGGUAGAAUUAUGUGAUCAAAUAAAUGAGGGCAUCUGGAGUGAUGAAUGCGAGAUUUUAGAGAUGUUUAAAGACAUAUUUGAAAAACUGAAUGAGAAAGAUCAAAAGGCUGCUCUUAUCUACAUUAAAGCUAAUUAAUAAACCUUUAUCUAUGUAAAGAAACUCGAAUUGGAAUAUUUAACUACAGAAGAUAUUUCAACUGAAAUCCAGGAAGUUAUCGAUUAUAAAAAGAUUUACUAAUAACUAAUUCAACAAACAGACUGGUAAUAGUUAAUAAAUCUCUUAAAAUAAAAAGAGUUUUGUGAUUAAAACAAUAUCAACCCAAUAAUUAUAAAUAAUUUUGAAAUUAUAUAAAAACUUAAAGAAAAAGUUGUCGACCUUUUGAAUCUCAAUCGUUUAUCAAAGAUUACAGAAUGGGGAUAUCCUUAUAAAGAUAUAUUUAAAAUUUUAUUAGGGUUUAUAGACAAGAAUAAUGAUCUUGAUGAAUCAGAAGCAAAAAAAUUAGAAAUGACUAUAGGUGCUUUAUUAGAAGAAUAAGUUUUGUAAUUUUUAGAGUACGAAAAUAAUUUAUUGCAAACAGAAAACUAUGAAAUGAUUAAUAAAAUUAUUUCUGCCAUUUAAUUGGAAGGAAAAAACUGUUAAGAUUUUUCAACAGAAUUAUAAUCUCUCUCCUUUGAUUAAUAAAUAUUUAUUAAGCUCUGCACUAUUUCAACAAAAGAAAAAGCACUUGAGAAUGUUAAAAAAUAAGUUUCACAGUUACUUUAUUGUGAGAAUGUUAAACGGGAAUAUAAAAUAGAUUUCAAAAAAGUAGAUUAAAAUAUUUUGAAUUAUCAUGGAUUUGAGAGCCUGUACUUUAGCAUAAUCUUCUACUUUUGGUAGUAAUAUUGCUAACAGAAAUAUGGUGAAUUUAAUUAAUUGCAAAUUAAUCUAAAAAAACUCACAAAAAUUGAAUAAAAGUUAAGAUUGAUAAAGAGUUUUAUUUCUAAAGUAAAAGAAAAUAGCUAAGAUUAAAUUUACCUUUUUAUAAUCCAUCAUUUAAUAUAAUUUUCAUGUUAAAAAGAAGAAUAUCUAGAAAAAGAAAAAAUAUUCAUCUAUUAAGAGUUCUAACAAAAUAAUUACAAUUUAAUUUAUUAAUUAAUCAAAAAGGAUAUUCAAAGCGUUUUAUAAACUGAUUUAUAUUGUUAAUUAAGCAUUUUAAGAUUUAUACCUAUAUUUAAAUUGAAAAAAUUAAGAAUCUAGUUCACUCAAUAGAAUUAAAAUGUUGAACAAAGUUUAAGAGGAGAAUAAAAUGAUACCAGUUAAGAUAAUGAUGCUACUUUGAAAAAGUAAGAUGAUUUGAUAAAGAAUUGUUCAUAAGAGAUUCUUAAUUAAAAUUUUGUUUCGAGCUUAACAACUUAAUAGCAAUUUGUUAUAUUGCUUUUGUUCUAGAAUCCUUAAAGAGAAUUUAAUGAUGAAAAAAUAAAAGAUUUAAAGUUACAAUUUAUACUUCAGAAGAGCGAUGAAAUUGAUAUAUACAUAAGUGAAUUAAUAAAUCAAGAAUAAAAAUUAUCAUAUGGAGAAAUUGUGUUAUUUUUAGAAUUGUUGAANAAAAACUGAAUGAGAAAGAUCAAAAGGCUGCUCUUAUCUACAUUAAAGCUAAUUAAUAAACCUUUAUCUAUGUAAAGAAACUCGAAUUGGAAUAUUUAACUACAGAAGAUAUUUCAACUGAAAUCCAGGAAGUUAUCGAUUAUAAAAAGAUUUACUAAUAACUAAUUCAACAAACAGACUGGUAAUAGUUAAUAAAUCUCUUAAAAUAAAAAGAGUUUUGUGAUUAAAACAAUAUCAACCCAAUAAUUAUAAAUAAUUUUGAAAUUAUAUAAAAACUUAAAGAAAAAGUUGUCGACCUUUUGAAUCUCAAUCGUUUAUCAAAGAUUACAGAAUGGGGAUAUCCUUAUAAAGAUAUAUUUAAAAUUUUAUUAGGGUUUAUAGACAAGAAUAAUGAUCUUGAUGAAUCAGAAGCAAAAAAAUUAGAAAUGACUAUAGGUGCUUUAUUAGAAGAAUAAGUUUUGUAAUUUUUAGAGUACGAAAAUAAUUUAUUGCAAACAGAAAACUAUGAAAUGAUUAAUAAAAUUAUUUCUGCCAUUUAAUUGGAAGGAAAAAACUGUUAAGAUUUUUCAACAGAAUUAUAAUCUCUCUCCUUUGAUUAAUAAAUAUUUAUUAAGCUCUGCACUAUUUCAACAAAAGAAAAAGCACUUGAGAAUGUUAAAAAAUAAGUUUCACAGUUACUUUAUUGUGAGAAUGUUAAACGGGAAUAUAAAAUAGAUUUCAAAAAAGUAGAUUAAAAUAUUUUGAAUUAUCAUGGAUUUGAGAGCCUGUACUUUAGCAUAAUCUUCUACUUUUGGUAGUAAUAUUGCUAACAGAAAUAUGGUGAAUUUAAUUAAUUGCAAAUUAAUCUAAAAAAACUCACAAAAAUUGAAUAAAAGUUAAGAUUGAUAAAGAGUUUUAUUUCUAAAGUAAAAGAAAAUAGCUAAGAUUAAAUUUACCUUUUUAUAAUCCAUCAUUUAAUAUAAUUUUCAUGUUAAAAAGAAGAAUAUCUAGAAAAAGAAAAAAUAUUCAUCUAUUAAGAGUUCUAACAAAAUAAUUACAAUUUAAUUUAUUAAUUAAUCAAAAAGGAUAUUCAAAGCGUUUUAUAAACUGAUUUAUAUUGUUAAUUAAGCAUUUUAAGAUUUAUACCUAUAUUUAAAUUGAAAAAAUUAAGAAUCUAGUUCACUCAAUAGAAUUAAAAUGUUGAACAAAGUUUAAGAGGAGAAUAAAAUGAUACCAGUUAAGAUAAUGAUGCUACUUUGAAAAAGUAAGAUGAUUUGAUAAAGAAUUGUUCAUAAGAGAUUCUUAAUUAAAAUUUUGUUUCGAGCUUAACAACUUAAUAGCAAUUUGUUAUAUUGCUUUUGUUCUAGAAUCCUUAAAGAGAAUUUAAUGAUGAAAAAAUAAAAGAUUUAAAGUUACAAUUUAUACUUCAGAAGAGCGAUGAAAUUGAUAUAUACAUAAGUGAAUUAAUAAAUCAAGAAUAAAAAUUAUCAUAUGGAGAAAUUGUGUUAUUUUUAGAAUUGUUGAAUCCAAAAUUCAAUAAAUUAAUAGCAAGCAUCAUCAGGCUAUAUAAGAUAAGUUAAUCUUUCAAGCUUUUAAGGGCAUUGAUGUGCUUAAACGAUUAUUUUAUAGAAAAUUAUAACUUAGAAAGAAAGCAAGAAGAAUUCUCAUUUGAACAAACAUCCUAAUUUUCAGAAGAAUUAAUCAAGGAGUUGUUGCUAUUAAAUGAAAAGGAAUUAUUUUCUUUGAAAGUUCUUUUUGGAAAGAAUAAAUUUCAGAUACUUUUAGCGGCAACAGUCAAUUAAUAUUUAAUUUCACAGCCUAAAACCAAAAACAAUUAUAUGAAUAUUCUUAAAAAAUUAGUCCCAAUGUGCCCAGGAAAAUAUAAUGUUAAGAUUCAAACAUUCAGAGCCCUAUUUGUGAGUCUAAGACCUUGGCUAUUGAAUUACUUACUCUCAUUAAAUAAAAAGCAAUAUAUUACACCUAGUGUUUUUAAAAGAACAUUAAUAAUUAUUUUUACAAUUAUGGUUAAAAAGGAUGAAUAGAUCUCAAAAUUUAUACUAUCUAAUCUUCAUUAUUUUUUUGAUUAGCCUUGUUAUGAUUUCGAUUAAAUUUGGAGGGCUAAAAAAAGAUAAAUUAUUGAUAAACUUAAUUUCAAGUUUAACUUAAUAAAAUUUUUAAAUUCUAGAGACCUUAUUUAAAAUUUAUUGGAGGAAUGCUUAUCAUUAUUUGUGGAGAAUCCUCAGUUUUAUAAGGAAGAAUUGGGAAAAGUAAAUUACUUUAAGCGUAUCCAAUUAAAUUCUGUUUACUUUCUUCAAAAAAAUAUAUUUGAUUAAUGUCCUUUAGAUGGUGGUUUUACUCUUGAAGAUUUCAAUAUCUCCUUAACCGAAACAACAUCGCAAUAAGAAAUGAGAAUUGUUCAGGAUUGGAUGGAUAAUAUAAAGGAUACAUCAAAAUUUAAGGCAUUAAUUCCUUUUUUUUUCAACAUUAUUAAGAGAGGGGAAUCACCAAAAAAGCUAUUGUCGAUAAUAACUACAUACAGAAGUCAAAAUAAAGAAUCUACGAAGAUUAUCAAUAAUAUGAAGGCCUUGUUUUAAUUGUUUUAUAACAACUCUAAUGAUGAACUAAAAGUUAUGUUGCUGAAACUCUAUUAAAGUAUGUAUCCUAUCCCUUUAAUAUUUCAAAAUCCAUCCUUGUAAGCCGUUAAAGAGGAAAUCGAUUUAUUUGGAUUUAAUGAGAAACUUUAUUAUGUAUUUAAGACAUCUUUCUCUAUCAUCAAUUUUUCAUUAAGUGAAAAAUAAGCUUAAAUAGGAAAGACAGAAUUGAUCAAUUAAUUAUUUUAUCAAUAAGAAAAAUUUGAGACUUAGGAUACCUGCCAAUUAAACAAUAAUACUAUUGAUAUUAUGUUUGAUACAUAAUUUAAUGGGUCAAGAAACCUUAGUGUGGCUGAUGCUCAUGGUUAAAUACCUAUUGAAAUUUUGGUUAAAAUUUUGCCCUUGUUUAAAAUGUGGAUUAUACAAUUUGAUUCUGAAUUAGAACUUAUUGAAAAUUAUAACUAGUUAAAAAAAAUCAAGAAUACUCUCAAUAUAGAUAACCAUAAGGUAUGCUUUCUAAUAAGAAAUUACUAAGGAGAAUUAGAAGAUAAUAAAAAUAAUGAAUAAUAUAAGAAAAUUUUAGAGCAAAUAAAAAGAGAUGGAAUAAAACUUCAUAAACUGAUUGAUCUAGCUUAGAGAGGCUUGGAUAAAUCUUAAAAAGAGUUAGAAUUGUAGCUAGCCUAAGCUUUUCUUUUUCGUGAGAUUGAAGGAGAUGAAUAAUCAUCAUUAGUCACAGAUCAUGAUUUUUUAAACAUUAUUAAAAAUUUUGAUACAAAAGAAAAACAAACAUCUCACUAGUUCUUAUUAGAUAGGGAUAUAAUAAAGGACUUAGAAAAUGAGCUAAACCGAUUGAUAUUAAAGCCUUUUGGAUUUUAUGAUUAAGAAGCCUUUCCUAUACGAUCAAUAGAAUACCAAUUAAAGCAAUUAAGAGAAAGAUAAAGCUAAAUUAUGCAAUAAGAAAAUGCUUCAAGGUAAAAUGAAUCCUAUAUCAAAAUAAAUUAAAAGGGGAUUGACAAUAAUCAGGAUAGCAUAGAAAAUGAAGAAAUAAAAUAAUAACUAAUCAAGUUAGAGAAUUCUAUUAAAAACUCUUAAUUAUCAAAGCUUCUAAAGAUGUUUUGCAAAAUUUUUGACUAAAGCUCAUAUUAUACACUUUAUUUAUAAUUUACAGAUUAAGUUAGAAAAUUUAAUGAAAGAAAUACUUAUGAAUUGUAGGAAAAAAAUUAGCAAAUUAAUGACUAAUUGAUGAAACUUAAAAAAGACAGAGAUCAAAUUAAGCUUAAAAAGACUGAAACUAACUAAGAAGCUCAAUCUAUUAUAAAUUUUGAAGGCAAAAAUAAAGAAUAUAAAUAAUAAUAGGAGUAACUCAAACAAGAACUAAAACAAAAUUUAGAAGAUAUCGGAUACAGAAAUAUUGGGAUAGAAAUGUUUUGGAGGGAGCUGAUUGCAAUAAAUCAAAGAAGUUUGGCUAACACAUACAUUGAUCCAGCAGAAAAAGUAUAUGAAAUGAUUAAAAAAGGGGAACCUUUUGAAUUUCUAGAUGGUGACUCUCUCAAAAUAAAUGAAAAAUUUUUGGAUUAACUGAAAAAUAAAUUCACAAAUUUAGGAAAAGAGAAGGUUUUGGUAUUAAGUGUUUUAGGACCUUAAAGUUCAGGUAAAUCUACUAUUUUAAAUAAAAUAUUUGGAUGCCAUUUUUGGACAAGCGUUGGCAGAUGUACAAAGGGCAUUUAUUUGAAUUUGCUAAAAAUUCAAUUUAAGGAACACUUUAAUAAUUUAUUUGAUUAUAUACUUAUACUUGAUUCAGAGGGAUUAUAGAAUCCAAAUUAAGUAGAUCCAGAAUUUGAUAAAAAAAUUGCUCUUUUUGUUUUAGCUAUAAGUGAUAUAAUUUUGAUAAAUGUCAAAGGAGAUAUACAUCAACAAUUUAAAAAUUUAGUUGAAAUGUGUAUUUUUACUUUGGUGUCUAUGAAAUCUAAUCUCUCUUCUAUCAAACAAUUAAGUUGGUGUUUUAAUUAAAAUAACGAUGCCAACAACUUUGCUCCAUUUUUAAACUAAAUACAGGGAAUUGCCAAUAAUUUAAAUUUAGAGUACAAUAAUGAGUAAGAUGUAAAAAAUUAAACAAUCGAUUAUAAUGAGUUUUUGAACAUUUCAAAGGACAAUAUUUAAAUAUUGGGAUUUGCAUGCAUUGAGAAAUUAUGGAGAAAAAAUGAAAGUUUAGGUAUAACGAAAAAUUGGAGAUAAUUAAUAAUUAAUGAAACCUUUUCAGAGGAAGCUUAUCUUUAUGGGAUAAGAAUGAUUAAAAAUUUUAUUAAAAAGUUUGAGUCUCAAACAGACGCAUCUCAAAUGUAAAGUUUAAGCUUAUUCAUAUAAAAUAUAAAUACUAAUUGGUAAACUAUUUGCAAUUUACCUGAUUUAUUGGAAUUCGCUGAAUUAAUAUAAUACAAGCAAGAUUAAUUGAUGAAAAGUAGAUUUGAACAAAUUUACGAUUAAGAAAAUUUUAGUUUUAAAAAUGAAAUUGGAGGUGAAAUUAAUGAUAGAGUGAGAAGUAGUAAUGUGAAAAAUUUGGCUUUGUUUAAUUAAAUUUAAGUUGAGAAAAAUGAAGAUCUUAGGAUAAGGUUUAGCCAGAUCGAAUAAGAUAUAAAAGAAUAAAUAACAUUAUUUAAAUAGGAUAAACAAAUUUAAAAAAAAAUUUAUCUUAAAUACGUAAAGCAAUUGAGCCAGCGUAUUAAUAGCUCCUUAAAAGAUUCAGAAAUUAUAGUAUUUGAAGAGAUAAAAAAUAUUGAAAGGGAGUAUUAAAACAUAAAAGGAUUCAAGUCGCUUGAUGACUUUAUUCUUUAAGUUAGUAAGGAUCCAGAAUAACUUACUAAACUAAAAGAAAAUGAUGAUUAAAUUAUAAAAGCAUUUGAUAAAUUAUGGGGAGAAAUAACAAGUGAAUCGCAACAACAACAAAAUGAAAUAUUAAGAGAGUAUUCUACCAAAUAAUAUUAAUGUAUCUCCUCUUCAUUCAAUGAGUAUAGAUUAACUACAGACAACGAGCAAAAAUAUAUUUCCUUGUUUCUUGAGAACAUUAAUAAUAAUUCUCCUUUUAGAUAAGAUUUGGAUGAAAGAAAUGAAAUUUAUGCUAUUUUUGAGAAAGAAUUAGACAAUUAAACUUAAUUUCGACCAGUUAUUAAUACAAAAGAAACAUUGAGAUAUGCAGAGAUUUUUAAUUAAAAUUUUGAAGCUAGAAUGAAAAAACCUAAGACUAAAUAUGAUGUGAUGGAUAUUAACAAUUAUUACAUAUUUCAAAUGACAAUAUAUUAUGUGGAGUAAACAACCUUAGAUAAUUACAUCUAAAAGAAAAAAAAAGAUAAAAAAGAUUAAAAGACAUAAUAAGUAGAACAAGGAUUACUAGUAGAUUUAAUAUCAAUAUUGGAAUAAAAUCAAAAUUUUUAAAAAGGUAAACACAAAUAGCAAAAUUUCGAUUAACAUCAAUAUUAAUAUUAGAAUACCUCAUAUUAAGGUUAAUAUUAGAAUAACCCAUACUUAGUUUAAUAAAAGAAUACUUCAAAUUAAGGUUAAAAUUAGAAUAACGCAUAUUAAGAUUAAUAUUAGAAUACCUCAUAUUAAGGUUAAUAUUAGAAUAACGCAUAUUAAGGUUUAUAUUAGAAAGUCAAUUCUCAGGUUGAAAUUUUGUUGCUUUUAUUAGAUAUUUUUAAUAUUGAGUACAAUCAAGAACUGAGGAAAAAGUUAGUAGAAACAAUUCAAGAUCCCUCAUAGUGGAAAAUGUUGACCAGUUGGGCCAAUUAUAAUGAAUAAUAAUAACCGCUUUUAAAAAAUUUUAAAAGUCUUUCAUAUAAGUCUAAAAAUAAAAAUACACCUUAUUGGAUUAAACAAAAGAUACAUAUUUAAAAAAGAUAAUAGAAUUCAAUAAAGGCUUGAAAAUUAAUAGUAAAUAAGAAUCUUUUUCUAC